AUGAAUUUUUUCAAUUUAUUAUAUACAACAAUAAAUGAAGAUAGUGUUUUAAAAAGAAAAAAUAUUAAGUUAAUAGAUUAUGUAAAUUCUCUAGAACUAGAAUUGAAGAAUUUAGAAAGUAAGGGGAAAAACAAAAAAUAUUUUGAAAGGCUAAAGAAUGAAAAUUCUUAUAUAACAAGAAAAUUAAAUUGA